CUUACCACCUUGUAUUCCAGUCUUCAUCUUUCUCAACCCAUGACUUAACCGAUUUCGUCUCAAUCCCACCAUGUUCCUUUCCUCCGCAACCCGGUGGUCCACGCGAUCCCUUCUCCGUCCGCUCCCUCAACCCAGCAUCGCAACCCGGACAUUCUCGAUCCAUUACGCUCUCCGCACUUCCACCUCCACCUCCACCUCCACCUCCGCAUCAGCCAUCGCAACAUCCUUCCUCUCCCGAUUCCAAUCCCUCGGCCCCCAAACCCGCACCCAAACCCUCGACGCAAACCAACUCCAAUUACUCUCUCUCACGCUCAACCGUCCCUCCCUCUUCCCCAAUGCCCCCUCCCUAACCAACACACCAACCUCUCUCCCCCCCGACACUCCCCUCCCUGCCGGCUACCACCUCGUCUACUUCACCCCCGCAUUCCUCGAAAAUGACCUCGGCGCCGACGGCACCGACACCUCCUAUAACCCGGCCUCGCCAUUUACGCGCCGCAUGUGGGCCGGCGGGGAGGUCCACUGGCCUCGGGGAAUAGACGGGAAGCCGAACUACCUUCGAGUGGGGCAGGAUGUCCAGGAGACGACGACGGUGUUGAGCGCGGAGCCCAAGAUUGUACGGAAAACAGGCGAGGAGAUGAUUGUUGUGGGGGUGGAGAAGGAACUUCGGAAUGAGUAUGGGGUGGCGGUGUUGGAUCGGAGAAACUGGGUCUUCCGCAAAGCCCUCACCACUCCGACACCAACACCUUCCUCGACCCCGCCAGCAACACCAGCAUUCAAUGGCCCCGCUAGUUCAUCCACCACGACAAAUGGCAACACACACACGCGCACUCUGCGCCAAACCGCCGUGACGUUGUUCCGGUUCUCAGCGCUGACGUUCAAUCCGCAUAAGAUCCAUUAUUCGACGCCGUGGGCACGCGAUGUGGAGGGGCAUAAGGAUAUUGUCGUGCAUGGACCGUUGAAUCUCAUCUCCAUUUUGGAUCUGUGGCGUGAUACGCGGAAGGGGGAGGGCGAGGACCUGGUUCUUCCGGAGAAGAUCACCUACCGGGCGACGAGUCCGUUGUAUGCCGAGGAGGAGUACCGGAUUGUGUUGGAUGAGGAGGCGGGGGAUGGGGUGGGGAGGGUGCGGAUUGUUGCGCCGGGGGAGGUGGUUGCUAUGAGGGCGGAGAUCCAGCUCAAAUGCGACCGCAUCCACCCCUGCACGAACUGCAAAAAGCGCAACGAAGGCACCACCUGCACAUUCAUCGGGCGCGGGCCGCGCGGAAAAGUCUCCAAUGGACGGACGAGUCCCGCGCAUGUUCAGGAUCGGUUGCAGCAUUUGGAGAAUUUGAUUUUGUCGUUUACGCAGCAGCAGCAGCAACAGAAACAGAAACAGAGGCAGCAGUUGGAGCAGAAUCAGGAGCGGGAACAGCAGAGGGGUGAGGGUGGGCAGAUGGUUGGGGUUGGGGUUGGAGGUGUACCGCAGCAGCAGCGGACGCCGUCGUCGAACGGGGAGGAGGAGGCAUCGCCGUCGGGGUCGGAUCCGGCGGGACGGUUGGUGGUUGGGGAGGAGGGCACGAGGUAUAUUGAUGGGGCGCAUUGGAGUGCGAUUCUUGAGGAGAUUAGUGGGGUGAGGGAGUAUCUGCGGGAUAAUGAGGAGAUGGGACCCUCGGAUGAGGAACAAGGGGAUGAGGAGAUUGUGAGUGCGUCAGCGCCGACACUGUUGUUGGGCUUGCAUCGGCAGGUCAGUCGAGAGGAGUUGUUGGAUGGGUUGCCUCCGAGGCCGGUGGUCGAUCGGGUGGUGGCUCUGUUUGUGAAUAGCAAAGAGCCGACGACGGCUUUGGUGCAUAUGCCGGUGUUUCAGAAAGAGUAUAUUCGGUUCUGGUCGAGGCCGAAGGAUGUGUCUAUCGCUUGGUUGGGGCUGCUCUAUGCAUGUCUGACGAUGGCGAUUUCGAUUCACCAACGCACAGGGGAACCGUUGCCGUUGGGCCUUGGGGAUCCAACGGAGGUCAUUAAUAAGUUCCGACUCUCGACGGCGCAGUGUCUAGUCAAGUCGAACUACACUGUGCCAGGCCGAUACAAAGUGGAGGCCCUCUUCCUUUACACGAUGGGCGAGUUCUAUCGGAGCGAGGAUGCUCAGGCCGGAGUGUCGUUUCUGCUGGGAAACACCAUUCGGCUGGCCAUGCGGACAGGAUACCACCGCGACCCGCAGCAAUUCCCUAAUGUGUCGCCAUACGAAGGCGAGAUGAGACGGCGCGUCUGGGCGAUCCUGCGCCAGCUGGAUGUCCUCAUCUCAUUUCAGAUUGGGCUUCCGCGGAGUAUACAGGACUGGCAGCAGGACGCGGAGCCCCCGCGCAAUAUCUCCGACGAGGAAUUCGACGAAUCAACCGUGGAACUCCCGCCGUCUCGACCGGAGAGCGAACUCACCACGAUGGCGUAUAUCCGCGGCAAGUUGCGACUCAUGGAGGUGUUCGGGAAGGUUGCUGAUCUGGCAUACUCGCGCAAUCCGGUGACGUAUGAUGAAACUCUUGCCUUGGAUCGACAGCUCGAGGAAGCGCACGACCUAAUCCCGCCGGUCCUCAAGAUGCGCUCCCUCGAUCAGUGCAUCGUGGAACCGUCGUACCUGAUCCUGAGGCGGUACACCCUGGAGCUGCUGUACCAGAAAGCCCGCUGCGUGUUGCAUCGAAGACAUCUGUCCGAGGUACACACUAACCCCCGCUAUGGCUUCUCACGGUGGGUGUGUAUGAGCGCAUCCAAGGAGAUUCUCCGGCACCAGGCGGAUGUAUACAACGAGACGCAGCCGGGCGGUCUCCUCUACCGAGACCGUCAAUUCCCCAACUCCCUUCAGCAUGCGGAUUACCUACUAGCCGCAAUGAUCAUCUGCUUGGAACUGUUACAGAACCCUACCGGCGCCGGCGCAGAGGGCGUCGACAAGGACGUAGCCGAGGUUCGAGGCCGAGAGGACCUGCUCGCGACCAUUGAGACGUCGCAUCGGAUUUUCGACCAACAGCGGCAAAAGUCAACGGAUGCCCAGAAGGCAUACGCAGGACUAACGAUUAUGCUCCGGCGGGUGAGGGGGCAGAGGAGUAGCGAGCAAUUGACUUCUACGCAACCACCAUCGUCUGCAAGCUGGUCGAACCCGUACCCGCUGAGGGAGAUACCGAUGGACAUCACACCGGAGUAUCACUCACUCGACGUGAUCGGGGAGAUGCUCGAUGCGCCGACCAACCUGGACUGGGAUCUCUGGGACCAGCAGAUCCGAGAAGCGGACAUGGGAUUAUGGGACGACACAAAUAUCCCCGACAUGGCUGUAUAGCCGGAUCGUAUUGUAGACAAUGUCACAUAGUAAGUAGUAGCAUACGGAGUACAUAGUAGUGUCAUACCCGAGAUAAGCUCCUCGGAGCGGAG